GGACUGGAACCAAGUAUGGAAUACAAAGCUAGAGUAGCAGCAAUGACCAUCAGGGGUACAGGGCCAUAUUCACGAUGGCACACAGGAAAAACCAAAGAAAAUACAUUUCAUUAUCUAUUUACAGAAAAGUUACCACCAGAACGACCAUCAGCAUUAACACUAACCAGUACAGAGAAAUCUAUUUAUAUGAACUGGACACAACCUAGAUAUACUGGUGCACCUUUAGACGGCUAUAUAAUAGGAUAUGGACGUUAUAUACCAGAGGUGAACAGAAAGAUCCUUACCGAUAUCCAAUUAUCAUAUGUUAUCAGGCAAUUACGUGAAAAUACGGAAUACAUCAUCAGUGUACGAGCUUUUAAUAAAUUUGGUGAAAGUGCUGCAACUUAUGACUUCAUUAAAACUAAAGAUUGUGAGUACACAGUCCUUGCUUCUCUCAUUUCUCUGAGAUCCAAAAGACGUUUUUUGAGUCUUUGUAUCUUUCCAGUUAAAUUGGAACCACCACAAAUGAUCAAAGCAUUAACAUUAUCUACUACUUCGAUUGGAAUUUAUUGGAUAGAUCCAGCUCUUAACAAAUUUAAAAGGCGAGAUAGGAGAUUAUAUACUUUGCGAUAUUCUAGUGCUUAUCAAACUGAGUAUACAUACCUUAAUGUCAGCAAACCUCCAGUCAUACUGAAAGAUUUAGAUGUUGACACUCAAUACGAGUUUGCUAUCCGGGUUGUGAGAAAUGACGAACACAGUACAUGGAGUUUACCAGAAUCAAAUACUACCUUCAUGAACCCGCCUAUUUUAUAUCCCACUAAUCUAACUGUAACAGCCACAUAUAUUCCGUCUAAAGUGGUAGUGUCCUGGAAACACGUUUUAAAACGUAAUACGUCCAAGACUGAAAAAUACAUCUUAUAUUACACCACUGAUCCCAGAUUAAAUAUUACAUUAUGGAAUAAAACAGAGUUGAAAAGUGGUAAAAAAUCAUUGACAAUAGAAGGUUUGGAGUCCACCACUAACUAUUAUUUUAAAAUUCAAGCUGGUAACUCUGGUGGUAAUGGACCAUUCUCACCAAUGAUAGCUUUCAGAUCAUUUGCGGGUUAG